UCUUUGGUGUAAUUGUAAACAAUGUCACAUGCAAGUUGUCACAGAUAUAUCAAUCAAAAGUAGCAUAAAAACACGUUAUAAAUAUAAAAUACAUAGUUAUUUUAAGAACACAUUAAGUAAACACAAAAACCCCACUUUAGAAAUGUAUAGAUCUGAUUAAUUUCAAGCUAAAUGAGACGUAACAUUCGGGAAGUAGGAGAAAUCGAGAUACAGUGUGUGACUGUAUUAAUGAUAACACCUUACUGUACAUGUACAUAUCAAGACAACAGGAUAUCACGAUGGAUUUAGGAAGUUGAAAUGAUACAUUAGCCAUGGCGAGGGUGUUGAAUGAUCUCCCAAGAUGGAUCACAGUGUCUGUUUGGAUCAUUGCCAACAUCAUCUAUUUCACAGUGACCUACUUUAGAUUUGACCAGUCUGAUGAAUAUUACUACACAAGGAAAAUACUUGGGCCUGCCUUGGCCUGGGCCAGAGCUAGUGCAGCUGCACUUAACCUGAACUGUAUGCUUAUUCUUCUUCCUGUCUGUAGAAACUUAGUGUCAUUUCUAAGAGGAUCAUUUCAGAAAUGUUGUAACAGAAAUAUACGGAGGCAGCUAGACAAACAUAUCACAUUCCAUCGCUAUAUUGCCUAUAUGAUUUGUCUGAUGACAGUAAUUCAUGUUGGUGCCCAUGUUUUUAAUGUUGAGAGAUAUGCUGAGGCUUAUGACAGCCCAACACCAGAUCGAGAACUUCUACGAGUUCUAAGUGGUUUAGGAAGUGGGAAUUCUUCUAUAUUUCUCAACCCAAUCAGAGAACCUACGGACCCUAUUCUAGCAACAUUGAGGUUUUUAGCUGGCGUAUCAGGAAUAGUUAUAACAUUAUCAUUAAUCAUAAUGGUAUCGGCAGCUACAGAACUCAUUAGGCGAUCGUAUUUUGAAGUAUUUUGGUUCACUCAUCAUUUAUUUGUGUUAUUCUUCAUCGGACUGGUUGUACAUGGAUUUGAAGGUAUUGUAAGAAGACAAACACCUGCUAGUGUAAUGCAGCACAAUCCACUUAAUUGUUCUGCCAACCCGUCCAACUGGGGGAAGAGGGAUUCAUCUGGUCAAAUGCGAUGUCCUAUUCCAGAGUUUGAGGGAAUAUCAGCAAAGGCAUGGAUGUGGACAAUAGGACCUAUGGUUAUUUACAUAAUAGAAAGAAUUGUAAGAUUUGUGAGAAGUCAGCAGCGAGUUGUCAUCACCAAAGUAGUAAAGCAUCCAUCAAGAGUUUACCAGUUAAGAAUGCAGAAAAAAGGAUUUCAGAUGUUACCAGGACAGUAUAUAUUUCUACAUUGUCCCAGCAUAUCAAAGCUUGAAUGGCAUCCAUUUACUUUGACAUCUGCACCAGAAGAUGAUUAUUUCUCUGUUCACGUCAGACGAGCUGGAGAUUGGACUGAUGCUCUGGCUAAAGCCUGCCAUAUUGAUGAUGAUGACUACACAGCUACAUCUAAACUACCAAUGGUGGCUGUAGAUGGACCAUUUGGUACUGCUACUGAAGACAUAUUUUGGUAUGAAGUUGAUGUAUUUGUAGCCGCAGGGAUAGGAGUUACUCCAUUUGCAUCUAUAUUGAAACACAUCAGAUACCAGUGUAUGAAUCCUGAUGGAGACAUGAAGUUAAGAAAGGUAUAUUUUUACUGGGUCUGUCCAGAUACUAACUCAUUUGAAUGGAUGCAAGAACUUCUACUAGAAUUUGAUACUCAGAUGGCUGAACAGGGAAACACAAAUUUCCUAACCUAUAAUAUCUACCUAACCCGAGGCUGGGACAAAGAUCAGGCUCAAAACAUAAUUUUACAUGAAGGCGAUGAAGCAGACCCAGUAACAGGACUACAGCAGAAAACACAUUAUGGCCGACCAAACUGGGACAAAAUAUUUGAAAAUAUUUCUAAAGACCAUGCUGGGAUAAGUGUUGGUGUAUUCUUCUGUGGACCAAGUGGAUUAUCAAAUACUCUUCACCAAGCCAGCAACAAACAUUCCGCUGUGGAUAAAACUGGGGCAAAGUUCUUCUAUAAUAAAGAAAACUUUUAAUUUCU